UUUGCAGACGAAAUCGCAUGUGACAGGAACUUCGAUACAUAAGUCAGGUGAACGGGGGAGGGAUAGAGAGGUAGAAUGUUGUUCAUCGUCUGUUUUCUCUCUUUCUUUGCUGCAGUUUUUGCAGAUACUCCAGCAAAUUGCACGUACGAAGAUGUUCAAGGAAGAUGGAUGUUCCAAAUUGGAAGCAGGGGACAUGACAAGACAAUCAAGUGCGACUCAGUAGCUUCAGUGGAGUCCACUUUUUAUGUGACCUUGAAGUUUCCUGAUGUAGCCAUAGAUGACCAAGGAAACACUGGUUUCUGGACACUAAUCUACAACCAGGGAUUUGAAGUUAAUAUAGGAGGAAGAAAAUAUUUUGCGUUCUCUGUCUAUCAAAAAGUUGGAAGAAAUGUGACUAGCCAGUGUGGAAAAACAUUGCCAGGUUGGACACAUGAUGUAUUGGAAAGAAACUGGGCCUGUUUCCAGGGUCAGAAAGCUACACCUGUUCCCCCGAAGUAUCAUGCAAUCCCAGAAAGACAUUCAUCUGAACUUCUUGGACGUUUGAAGUUCAGAACUAACUAUGAUUUCAUUGCCCAAAUCAACAAGAAACAGAAUUUAUGGAAGGCUGUAGCAUACAAGGAAAUGGAGGACAUGACACUAGAAGAUUUAGUGAGAAGAGCUGGUGGCAGGAAAUCAAAAAUCAUUGGGACACCAAAGCCAGCUCCAGUAAGUGAAAAAGUAAAGAGAAUGGCCAACAAACUACCAGAGUCAUUUGAUUGGAGAACUACAGGAUUUGUCUCCCCUGUCAGGAAUCAAGGAGGAUGUGGCAGCUGCUAUGCCUUCUCUUCCUUGGCAAUGAAUGAAGCUCGCUGGAGAAUGAAAACCAAUAACACAGAGCAACCAGUUUUCUCCACACAAGACAUUGUAGAAUGCAGUGAAUAUUCUCAGGGGUGUGAUGGUGGAUUCCCUUACUUAAUUGGAGGAAAAUACGCAGAGGACUUUGGACUUGUGGAUGAAAAAUGUAAUCCUUACAAAGGAAAGGAUGGAAAGUGUUCCACCGACCAGAGCUGUCCCCGUCAGUAUUCUUAUAGAUAUCAAUAUGUGGGAGGAUUCUAUGGAGCCUGUAACGAAGAGCUUAUGAUGAUAAAUCUGGUGAAGAAUGGCCCCAUGGCAGUGUCAUUUGAAGUGUAUAAUGAUUUCAUGCAUUAUAAAGGUGGAGUGUAUGUCCACACAGGACUUCAGGAAAAAUUCAAUCCAUUUGAGAUCACCAACCAUGCAGUGCUACUGGUAGGAUAUGGAGUUGAUGCAGCCUCUGGCGUCAAGUUCUGGACAAUAAAGAAUUCCUGGGGGACAAGUUGGGGAGAAGAUGGGUACUUCCGAAUCAGAAGGGGCACUGACGAGUGUUCUAUUGAAAGCAUUGCUGUUGAAUCAUUCCCCCUCUACUAAACACUUUUUGACCAGGUGUCUCAAUUUUAUAUUAUGGAUAAGAAAAAAUCCUGUGUCUUUUUUCCUUAGUUAAUUAAUAUGAUACAGAAUUAUCUUACAUAUGUUUUAAAGUCCAAAAAAAAAAAUCAAAACAGAUAAUGUCUGUUAAAGAAGAUUUGCACUUAAACUAAAUAAUCUCAGUGCUGCCUUAUAGGUUAUAAUAUUUUAGUGCUUCUAAAGAGCAAUAAAACCUAGGUGUGUGCUCAACUGUUGAAGUAAAAUUAUUUGAAGUACUGUACAUACAUGUAUGAUACAAAGUAUUUAAUUUAUACGUUUUCAUUCAGCUGUGAUUUUAUAUUAAUAUCUUAUUAUUUCUUUUUCUACAUUUUUCACUCACAUUCCGGUAACAUAUUUAAAUUAUAUAAGAUUAAUUGUAAUUAAGGGAUUCAAAAUCAAUUUAACCAAGGUGCACAGUAUGAACUGCGGCUUUCUAUGAGCAAUUUUUUUAACACAAUCUUUUCACUGUGCAUUAGUAAGUAUAUACUUUACUCUGAGAAAUAAAUAAAGCUGACUGUGUAUUACAUUAAAUAUAGAAUUUGUGCAAAUAUUUGAGUGCUUUUUCUAAACUGGCAUUCUGUCAUGUUUCCCCGGUUUUAUAUUUCAUUUGUUGUAUUGUUCUACAUGAAAACAAUUUUGAUUGUAAAUUUAUUAUAUUUUCAGAAUUUUCCUAAAAACUUUAUUUAUAUAAAUAAAUACAUCUAAUUGUA